AUGGCCAGCAGUGAAGAGAGAGUUGAAGACAUAAACAGUAGAAGAGAUGAAAGGAACCGUUCCACAGGAAGUGGUGAUUCUGGCUGUCACAAAGACAUACCUGCUGACACUGGUUGUUGGACUGAAUGGUUUGACAGAGAUGACCCAACAGACACAGGCGACUGGGAAACCCUUGAGAAUCUGUAUAUUGAAAAUCCUGGGAAGAUCUGCAAUGAACCCGUUUGGAUUGAAGCAGAGACAACAUCUGGUAGGACCCCAGAAUCUGCUGGAAACGUCAUAGCAAAAUACAACCCUAUGUCUGGCUUUGUUUGUUUAAACAAAGAUCAGAAAGGCUGCAAAUGCCAUGAUUACAAAGUCCGCUUUAUGUGUCCUUUAGAAUUUUGCCGUCAAAAAGUGUGCUGGACUCAAUGGUUUGACCGUGACACCCCGAAUGGCUUAGGAGACUGGGAGAUUUUUAAUAACUUAAGAAAUGAGAAUCCAGGAGAAAUCUGUGAAAGCCCUCUGUACAUUGAUGUUCACUCCACAAACACAAAUACUCCUGCUGAUUACACUGGGCAAAAUUUCUACAAGUUCAGUCUUACUGAAGGAUUUGUUUGCCGCAACCGAGAUCAAAAGGGACGCCGCUGCCUAAACUACAAGAUCCGUUUUGGCUGCCCCUGCAAUGUCAAAUAG